UUGAGAAGAGCGCGUCCAACGCUGUGCCUGACGUCUCGCGGAGCACUUUCAACCUGCUACUGACCUCAAAGAGACAGAGACCGGGGAUAUCAUCAAACUCACACUGUUUGAGGAUCUCGAUUAUUGGAUUUGAGUGGCACAAACAGACCGGAGGCUGCUGCUGGAGGUUCUCAACCAACUAUUUGGGAUGAAUCGCUCUACGGCCGCUUUACUUUUGCUGGUGAUCGCCGUUUACUCACUCAAUACAGAAGCGUACAAGUGCAGAUGCACAAGAAAAGGGCCGAAGAUCCGGUACAAAGAUGUACAAAAGCUGGAGAUCAAGCCUAAACAUCCGUACUGCCAAGAAAAGAUGAUAUUUGUCACCAUGGAGAAUGUGUCCCGUUUCAAAGGUCAGGAGUAUUGUCUGCACCCCAGACUCCAGAGCACUAAAAACCUUGUCAAGUGGUUCAAAAUCUGGAAGGACAAACACAGGGUGUACGAGGCCUAAUCGCGGAAAUUCACAAGGCUGAAAACGUUGUGGGAUACACAGCACUACCAGUGAACUGUGGAUGACCAGAGGACCAAUUUUUUUAAAAGCAUGACAAAGCAUAUACCCAGACAAGCUUAUAUUAAAGGCACAUCAGUCCAUUUGAUAUUAAUGUGGAAUAAUUUAUAGUCAUACAAAAAUGUUUCUUAUACAAUGUAAUUGAGCCAAAUGUGCAGUUAUGGCAGAGAAACGUUUCUGUGCUGAAUCAGCGUCAUCUGUAAGAAGUGAUCAUUACAUUUUGCAAUGUGUAAUGUUUUCUGAAGCAUCAGUUUUUGGUCUGAUUUAUCGUGUUGUGGCAUUUAAAGGGGUCCUGGCACUAUAUUUGGAUACUGUCUGGUUUGAAACUACUGUGAUAUACUUUCCACAAGUGUCAAAGUAGAUCUUAGAGUUCUCACAGUAUAAAAAGAAGAGAAAUAUAGAGGAUGUGUAAAUAAUAUCUUCAAAGACUUUACUGUGUUCUAUGCCAACAUUAACCAGUAAAAAGAGGCAAAGUGGGGUGUUUUUUUUGUUUGUUUGUUUUGUUAUGUUUUUUACAAUCAUUUUUCAAAAAUUGUUUCUCGUUGAUCUGCCCAAAAGUGCCGGAGGAAUUUUUUUUUUUUUUGUAACUUAUUACUUUGGAAUUUGGUGAAGUGAAGGAGACGAUGGCGUUCAAUAAUUUAAACAAUUCAAAUCAUAUCAUACAUUUACUUUAUAUUUAAACAUAUUUUAUUGGUCUGUGGACAUGUACUGUCACACGGUGAGCACAUGAACCUUGGGGCCUGCAGUAGCUCAUGUAUUUAAAAUGAAGCUUUUUAUUUUAUGUUGGCCCUCCUAUCAGCACAUUAUAUGUGCCUCCUCUUUGAGGUGUGCAGGAUUUGUAACCAAUUGUUUGGUAUGACUGUGUUUUUCUUUUUGGUAAAUGGAAUGUUUCUCAUCUUUUCUUGUACAUCAGAUUGUAUGUAUAAGCACACAGAAUAGUUUCUUGUGUAUUGACCACCUUGCCUAUAGUCUAGCUUGUUCAGAAUUUAUUAGUGAAGCCUAUGUAUUGCAUCACAGAAUUGUUGUUUUACUAUUUAAAUAAUAAAUAAUAGAAAUGUUUAAGUCUUUGUGUUUGGACGGACCCACCAAACACAACUAAAGUCCAAGGAGUGUAAUCUUCAAGCACAGCAAUAAACAUUUAAAUAAAUCGCA